AUGGCUCCAAUUUUGUGCUUUGCAAGAAAGUUUUUGGUGGCCAUUUGUGUGACUGGCAUAAUCCUGGAAGCCAUCUACACGGGAAGGAUACAGACAAGCACAAAAAUGAGAGCCUUCCAAGAACACUUCAACAACUUAGGUAGGAGUGGCGCUAUGUUGAGCACCAGUAAUGAUGCGGGAACCGGACUGAGCGCGGACAAUGAAAGCGGUUUUGUGACAGGAAUGUACUACUCGAACUGGUCCCCUUAUGCGGCUAGGAAGCACUUUCCGCACGAUAUAGACUUUCGAAAACUAACGCAUGUAUAUUACGCGUUUCUAGUGGUAAACAGCGAGACGGGGGAGUGCCAGCUGAGCGAUGAGUGGUCCGAUGUCCAGAUGGAUCUGUACAAGCAAAUGAUCUCGAGUUUUAAGAAGCUCGACCUUCGCGCACAGUUUCCAACAGGGUCCAAAGACAAGCUACCGCUUGGUUGCAUCGGGGAGCUGUUUUUUUUGAAGUACAGCAAUUUUUUGACUCGCAAUGGUGGCUCUGCCGGGGUCAACAAUUUCAAGACAAUAAUGUCUGUGGGCGGAUGGUCUAACCGCGAGGCCUUUACAAGCCUAGUGGAGAGCCCCGCUAAACUGGAGGUCUUUCUUGACUCCUGUGUUAGCAAAAUGUUUGAGUACGGCUUCGACGGUAUCGAUAUUGACUGGGAGUUCCCAAAAAACGAUGCCAAGGAACCUAAGGUUUACCUCCAAAUGCUUAAAGCUUUGCGCGAGCGUCUUGACACUCUUGAAAGUCAAAUAUUUGGCUCAAAAGAUCACAAACAUCAUUUCGCCCUAACAUCUGCGAUUUCUGCCGACGAGGAAUGUCUCAAAUACUUGCCGUUACAAGAAGCCGAUCGUUAUGUUGACUACUGGAAUUUGAUGGCAUAUGAUUUUAGUGGCGCAUGGUCCGCACAAACUGCCUAUCAGAGCAACCUUUAUACACCAGCUAAAACAAACAAGAGAAGCACCAAUGGGAGGGGCAGCGCAGACAAGGCAGUGCGCUUUUUGACUGACAAGUCUAAACUGGCCUCCAAGAAAAUAGUCCUUGGCAUGCCCGCCUACGGCCGUGGUUUCAAAGGUGUUGAAGUCUCGCACAAGAGUAUUGAAAACGUAAUCGGAAAGCCUUUUCAAGACGUCAGCGGCUCAUCCGAAGGAGAAGAAGGAAUUUCAUUAUACAAACAGCUUCCUUUGAAAGGGGGCAUGGAGUUCUUUGAUCAUAAUGCAGUUUCUGCUUAUUGUGUCAAGCUAUCUCACAACAAAAAGCAAGCUGAAUUGAUAGUGUACGACAAUGUGGACUCAAUGAUUCAGAAAGCUCACUAUGUUGAGAAGAACCAUUUGGGCGGCGGUUUCUGGUGGGAAUCGUGCGGGGAAGAUUACAAGGGCAAGUCUCUCGUCGGAGCUUUCACAAAGGAAAUCAAGUGUUUGAACAAAACUGAGCCCACUAUAUACUCACUCCCUGAAGUGGUGCAGCAUUACUUGAAACUGCACCCGGGAGGCUUUUUAGCUUCUACCUUUCAGAAUUAA